GGAUCUGGGCUGGCGGCCCGAGGCAGAGGAGCCGGGCGCGCUGCAGCAGACGGCGGUGGGACCUGGCUGCGGAGCGGGGUCCGGGCAUCAGGGACCGGGGGCGGGCAGUGGGGGUCCCGCCGGGGGUCCCGGAUUACCCGCGACUCAACUGGACCUCACUUCCCCCCAGCCGCCUUCGCCCCCGGACCGCUCACCGCAACCAUGGUCUCCAAAUCCGACCAACUGCUCAUCGUCGUGUCCAUCCUAGAAGGUGAGCAGCCUGAGGCUUGCUUUUGCAACUGCUGCCUCCCGAGUUUUAAAAGCUUAGUGUGGGACCGAGGCCUUGUUAACCUUAAGAACCCUGUCAUCUGUGCUUUUGUGGUCCCCACAGACUUGUUCAAAGUUGUACGUAGUGAGGUCUGUUAGGCAAUUGAUUUAAAAAUCUCUCCAGGGAUAUGAGCGCUAUUAGGGAUAAGUGAUAUUUAGCGUGACUAGCCGUAGCCCCAGAGAAUCUAGAGAAAACGAUUUUCAUCCAAAGCAGCACGUCGAUGGCUUUUAUAUAUGAGCUGAACGUGGUCCUGAGAAGCGCGCUCUGAUCAGCGGUUCCCAAUAAUAGCACUUGUAAGAGCUUUGACUUGAAUACAGGCUUCCUGCGAUUCCAGAAGUGUUCCGGAGGCAAUUCCCUUUACACGUCUUGCUGGAGGACUCAGGGGACUACAGUUCUUAAGAGGGUAUAUUAUACAUUCCUUAAAAGGUCGGCAUUUCCCCAAACGUCCAAAGCAUAUGCUUGUAGUGGAAGCAAAGUUUGAUGGAGAACAGUUGGCUACUGAUCCUGUGGACCACACUGACCAGCCAGAAUUUGCUACUGAGUUAGCUUGGGAAAUUGACAGGAAAGCGCUUCAUCAGCACAGGCUACAGCGUACUCCUAUCAAACUCCAAUGUUUUGCCUUGGAUCCUGUAACUUCAGCCAAGGAAACCAUAGGUUACAUCGUUCUGGAUUUAAGAACCGCUCAAGAAACAAAGCAGGCACCAAAAUGGUACCAGUUGCUGAGUAAUAAAUACACCAAAUUCAAGUCUGAGAUACAGAUAAGUAUUGCUUUGGAAACCGAUACAAAGCCACCAGUGGAUAGCUUUAAAGCAAAGGGGGCUCCCCCUCGAGAUGGAAAAGUAUCUGCCAUCCUGGCUGGACUUGACCCCAGGGACAUUGUGGCUGUGCUGAAUGAAGAGGGAGGCUACCAUCAGAUUGGACCAGCAGAAUACUGUACUGACUCCUUUAUUAUGUCAGUGACCAUAGCAUUUGCCACCCAGUUGGAACAGUUAAUUCCAUGUACCAUGAAACUUCCAGAAAGACAGCCUGAGUUUUUCUUUUACUACUCUUUACUGGGAAAUGAUGUUACAAAUGAACCCUUCAAUGAUUUAAUCAACCCAAACUUUGAGCCAGAGAGAGCAUCAGUUCGCAUCCGUAGCAGUGUAGAAAUUCUUCGUGUUUACCUGGCUCUUCAGUCUAAACUGCAGAUUCACCUCUGCUGUGGAGACCAGUCACUUGGAAGUACAGAAAUACCUUUAACUGGAUUACUUAAAAAGGGCAGUACAGAAAUCAACCAGCACCCAGUCACAGUCGAAGGUGCUUUUACCCUUGACCCUCCAAACAGAGCCAAACAGAAGCUUGCACCUAUUCCUGUGGAGCUAGCCCCAACUGUGGGAGUGUCUGUGGCUCUGCAGAGAGAAGGCAUAGACUCCCAGUCUUUAAUUGAAUUAAAGACCCAGAAUGAACAUGAGCCAGAGCAUUCAAAGAAGAAAGUUUUAACCCCCAUAAAGGAGAAGACACUUACUGGGCCAAAAUCACCAAGAGUGUCCCCUGUUCCAUCUCACAACCAGUCACCUCCAACAAAAGAUGAUGCAACAGAAAGUGAAGUGGAAAGUUUACAGUAUGAUAAGGACACCAAACCAAAUCCAAAAGCCAGUUCUUCUGUACCUGCUUCACUGGCCCAGCUAGUGACUACAUCCAAUGCUUCAGUAGUAGCUUCAGGACAGAAGAUUGCUGUACCAGCAACAUCACAUCAUUUUUGCUUUUCAAUAGACUUAAGGAGUAUACAUGCCUUGGAGAUUGGUUUUCCAAUCAACUGUAUAUUAAGGUACUCAUAUCCAUUCUUUGGAAGUGCAGCUCCUAUUAUGACUAAUCCUCCUGUAGAAGUUCGGAAAAACAUGGAAGUUUUUCUUCCCCAAUCUUACUGUGCAUUUGAUUUUGCAACUAUGCCUCAUCAGCUGCAAGACACCUUCUUAAGGAUUCCAUUACUGGUUGAACUAUGGCACAAGGAUAAAAUGAGUAAAGAUUUACUUCUGGGAAUUGCGAGAAUCCAGCUUUCUAACAUCUUGUCUUCAGAAAAAACUCGUUUUUUAGGUUCUAAUGGUGAACAGUGUUGGCGUCAAACUUACAGUGAAAGUGUGCCUGUUAUAGCAGCACAAGGAUCAAAUAACAGGAUAGCAGAUCUUUCUUACACAGUGACUCUAGAAGAUUAUGGACUAGUAAAAAUGCGUGAGAUUUUUAUCUCUGAUUCAUCUCAGGGUGUAUCUGCCGUACAACAAAAGCCGUCUUCUCUUCCUCCAGCACCUUGUCCUUCAGAGAUCCAGACAGAGCCUCGUGAAACGUUAGAAUACAAAGCAGCACUUGAGCUAGAAAUGUGGAAGGAGAUGCAAGAAGAUAUAUUUGAAAAUCAGCUGAAGCAGAAAGAACUGGCUCAUAUGCAGGCUCUUGCAGAGGAAUGGAAGAAAAGGGACCGAGAAAGAGAAUCACUAGUAAAGAAAAAGGUGGCUGAAUAUACUAUUCUAGAAGGAAAACUUCAAAAAACUCUAAUUGACUUGGAGAAGCGAGAGCAGCAGCUUGCUAGUGUGGAAUCAGAGCUUCAAAGAGAAAAAAAGGAACUGCAAUCAGAACGUCAACGGAACCUGCAAGAACUGCAGGACUCUAUCCGUAGGGCCAAAGAGGACUGUAUUCACCAAGUAGAACUAGAAAGGUUAAAAAUCAAACAGCUCGAAGAGGAUAAACACCGCCUUCAGCAACAGCUUAAUGAUGCUGAAAAUAAGUAUAAGAUUUUGGAAAAAGAGUUCCAACAGUUCAAGGACCAGCAAAACAACAAACCAGAAAUCCGUCUACAGUCUGAAAUAAAUCUUCUCACCUUGGAAAAGGUUGAACUUGAAAGAAAGUUGGAAUCUGCAACUAAGUCUAAACUGCAUUACAAGCAGCAGUGGGGACGAGCUUUGAAAGAACUUGCCAGACUUAAACAGAGGGAGCAAGAAAGUCAAAUGGCUCGUCUUAAAAAACAGCAGGAAGAAUUGGAACAGAUGAGACUACGUUACCUUGCCGCUGAGGAAAAAGAUACAGUAAAAACCGAGCGACAAGAAUUGUUGGAUAUAAGAAAUGAAUUGAACAGGUUAAGGCAACAAGAGCAAAAACAAUACCAGGAUUCCACAGAGAUUGCAAGUGGAAAAAAGGAUGGCCCCCAUGGCAGUGUAUUGGAAGAAGGUUUGGAUGAUUAUUUGACUCGCCUGAUAGAAGAAAGGGAUACUUUGAUGAGAACGGGUGUGUAUAAUCACGAGGAUCGAAUAAUAAGUGAACUCGACCGACAGAUCAGAGAGAUUUUGGCAAAAAGCAAUGCCAGUAAUUAAUAACAUUUGGAAAAGCUUUACAGAGACUCUAAGUCUAAAUUUUAAUUUCUUUGUAAAACCCUCAAAAGUGAGGAAAAUGGAUGUUUUAAAAUGGUAUUUUCAAUUUUUUAUAAGCAAAAUUUUGUAUGUUAUUGUAUAGUAUUUAUUUGAUCUUAUUUACUUUAUGCUACCUCUCCCACACUGGUUUUAUUUGUAAUUUGCAUUUAUAUACUCAUUUUAAAUGACUUUUCAGUGUUUUUCAUAGUUUAUAAUCUGAUGGCUAACUAACUUUCAAAACAGCUUUUAACUAAGUUUGUUGUAGGAGAAAUGACUGCGGUAAUUUCCAGUUCUAUAAUGUUUCAUGUUGAGCCAAAAGAGUAUAUCUUGCACUUUAAAAACACUGCGUCCUAUUCCAUUUGAAUGUAAAUUCUUAAAAGUUGAGACCAAUUGUAACCAGUUUAACUCAUUUUAGAUGGCCUUUUUUUCUUAUAAUAUUUGCAAGUGACAAGUUUGAAAACAAAGCAAGAUCAGUGCAGAGAAGCCACAUGACAUGUUGGGUGACAGAUUGGUCAUUUAUUUAAAUAAAGUUAAUACAGAUUAAAUUUGUUUCAAGAGCUAUUGAAUUUUCAAAUUUUCAGUGUAUUUAUAACUUUUAAGAACAUGAAGUAUUAGCUUAAUAUAGUUUUCUCUGUUGGUUUCUUCCUCAAGUUUGCAUUGUUUUCUUUUGUUAAAAUUAGAGAUUUCUUUUUAUUUUCCAGUUAUAGUAAUACUAGCUGUCAGCUUAAACCCUCUGUAAUAGAAUAUGGAAACAGACACAUAAAGACAUUAGCUGAAGAAAUAGAGUGAAAAUCAACUAUUUUUUACUCCCGCUAAUUUCAAUCAAUCUUUUUCAAAAGCGCACGAGAUUCACUCAUUGGAUUUAUGCAGUGCCAUGUCUAUAAAAACUCUUAAGAGUUCCUUUAUAUCAUAUUCUUCAGAGCCAACAUUUGUCCUCAAAGCAACACUUCCCACCUCCUUUUACAGAGUACUGAAAAAGUUUUAGCAAAGUCACAGAUUAGGUUGAAUUUCAAAAUAUAUGUACUUUAAAAAGUUCUGAUUUCCAAAUAUAAUAAAGUUAAAAUUAAGUAUAUACUUUAGGAAGUUACCAAUAACUUCCAUCAAAGCAGAGUAGGAUAUAUGGUAACAUUAAUUUUCGGUCAUUUCAAAUGAGGUAUAUUUCUUAUUAGGGAAAUUAAAGUCCCUAUAUUUAUUAUAUAUUUUUUCCUUAUUAACAGAGUAUUAAUCUAGUAAAAAAUAACCCAGCAGUAAAUAAUAAAGAAAUUACUGAAUGAGAGGAUAAUGAAUCUGAAUCAUAGCAGGAAUUUGCAAUAUUAAUUAUGGUUAGCUAUUUUUCUCUCAUUGAUUUUUGUGCCACUUGAAUGGAACAGAAGCAAGCCUUAUGUUUUGGAAGGUCUGCGGUAAAAUGCUGUGACUGUUUACUUUCAAUUGCAUUGUGUGUUGCCUGUGACUGCUUUCAAACGCUAGAGGGGGCCUCUGAUUUAAAGAAAUAAAAAGGACUUUUCUAAAAUGGAUGUGUAGUUUAUUUUGCCUUUUGUAAAGCUCUUUUGGCUAUUGUAACUUAACAAAUAAAAUCAUAAUUGUGUGCA